AUGUCUGAUGGUCGAGAGCAACGUGCAGACAGUCUCGAGGGAGACCAAUUUAGACACGAAGCUCACAUCCUCUCUUCGAUAGGCCAGGAACACCCCAGAGUCGAGUCGCCAGUAUCUUUUACCACUGAUGAAUCGCCAGUAUCUUUCACCACCAAUGAAGUGAUCAACCUCAACGGAGAUGUCGAUGAUUCUUCAGCCUCCUCCCCAGAUUCCCAUCCAGACAUCGAGCAGGAAGAAGAAACGGACUCGGUCGACGACAAUGCGGACCCUGUGGUGUUGCAAUUUAGCGAUGACCAGGAUAAAGAAGCCUUAAGGAAAAUCAAAGAGGCAGUCUUGAACGCAUCCCAAUACAUCUUAUCACCAUGGACAUCUCGCAGGACGUGCGUUUCACCCAGACGUCGACCUAGAACGCCGUCUCCGGACCCCCCGCUACGUGAUGCCAUUGAAUCCCUCCGAAUGCUAGGUUCGUUUUGUUGCGUCUUCCAUCUCUCGAUGGUAGCUAUUUGGGAACAUAAGAUCAUGACGAAACGGGAUAUGUUAAGUAGCAGAGAAUGCUUUGAAAAUCAAGCAGAGAUUACCCGAGCCGUCAACUUUCUGGCCGCCAGGUUUCAGCUCAGCUGCGAGGAUCUUCACAUUGUCGGAUCAGUUAGACGUUUCUUUCCAGGUAAUCUUGAAUUCAUGAUUUGA